AUGGCAAUAAUCGCAACUACAACUGCCUCUACGCCUAUUGCCUCAUUUCACCGCCUGCCCAUGUAUCAAAUUUUCAGCAAAUGCAGUUUUUUGACUCUUAAUUUCGCGGGAAAUCGUAAGCCAAUCAAACAUAAAUUGAACAUACAAAAUUCCUUGGUUUCGACAAAGGCUUCUUCUUCGGUGGCCCAAGCCCCAGAGCCAAUGGUUCCACCAUUUAAUGUUCUGAUCACUGGCUCUACUAAAGGAAUAGGGUAUGCACUUGCAAAAGAGUUUUUGAAAGCUAAUGACAAUGUCGUUAUAUGCUCGAGAUCAGAUGAACGAGUGCAAUCUGCUCUUGAAAGAUUACAAGUGGAAUCAGGGAAGCAGCAUGUGUGGGGAACCAAAUGUGAUGUUAGAAAUGGGGACGAUGUCAAGAAAUUAGUUGCUUUUGCACAGGAAAAGCUUAAAUACAUUGAUAUAUGGAUAAAUAAUGCAGGAUCAAAUGCAUAUAGUUACAAACCGCUGAUAGAAGCAUCAGAUGAAGAUCUAGUUGAAGUUGUCUCUACAAAUACCCUUGGAUUGAUGAUAUGUUGUCGAGAGGCAAUAAAGAUGAUGCUAAACCAGCCUCGAGGAGGUCAUAUAUUUAACAUUGAUGGAGCUGGUUCAGAUGGAAGACCAACCCCCAGAUUUGCUGCUUAUGGAGCAACUAAACGCAGUGUGGCAAUGCACUAUUUUGCCAAGAAACGUAUGCCCAUAUACUUUGAAAAUCAUUUCAUGGCUGCACUGGGGGGAUCUCAUGAUAAUGCUAGAAUGCAGUGCGCAGAAUUGAGGAUGCAGGAUGUCAAAAAUGUUAUAUUACAUAAUCUUUCGAUAUUCUCAAGAUUCGCUUUUGGUGCUCGGAGAAACAGAUAUAUUGUUGAAGAUUAG